UUCCAGACCAGCGCAGGUACCGUGAAGUGAUACAAAUCUCGGGCACACAAUACAACAUGCAGCGUUGUGUUUACACCUGCUGCGCUCAAAGAAACACUCGGCUGUUUCUUUCGUUACUGUUUCUUUCAUUUUACAAGUGAAUGAUAAUUUAAAUAUACAAAAUAUGUAUCUGUUUUUCACAGUUAUAUGUUUAUGAAAAAAAUUUAAAAUAAAUUGCUCAAUAUGUUAUUGUGGUGCUUUUCGUUAUUUCUAAUGUGCUGGUUUUGGACGGACCGGGCGGCUGGAUAUGUUGACGGCGAUGUACGGUUGGUAGGCGGCAAGCGUCGUUAUAUAGGCACCGUCGUUAUCAUGCACGACGGUAAGUGGGGGACGGUAUGUGACAGCCAAUGGGAUCUCAACGACGCCGUCGUGGUCUGUCGGCAGCUGGGAUACACAACAGCUGUCAGGGCGGCGCUCAAGUCGGAGUUUGGAUCUGGGAAUCAACGCAUGUGGCUGACGGACGUCCAGUGCUCCGGCAACGAGACGAGACUUGACGCAUGCCAGUUUGUCGGAUACGACAAGUACACGCGUCAGAAGAAGUGCCAGGGCAGCAAGCGGUCAGCCGGCGUCAUCUGCAGCGCCGCCAUCACGCUGACGCCGUCGGAUGACUCCAUGAUCGUCUCGACUCCUGCCGACUCCAAAAUUAAGAAGAAAAGAUUCAGAGGAAAAAACAAAUUAAAGAGUAACUCGAUUAUUCCCGACAACAUGUUUUCUAUACUUAAAACCUCGAUAAAACCGCCGCGUACAAAAACAACAAAGUUGUAUGAUACAACAACAUCCCAACCUACUAAGUCUAUCAACAUUCAACAUCAGGGUAUUCAACAAAUUCGUAGGAUACAACAUGCAAAAACUGAAAGUGGGAGAGCGUUAACGAAAGAUGAAACAAAACAAGCAGCUUCAGUAGCAAGUAAACAGUUGACUAGUGUAAAGAAAUCUUUAAAACAGCAGUCGGCGAAAGAUCAGGACUCAACAGCAGAGAUAAAACCGCAAUCAACAUCAGCAACGAAACAGCCAACGACACAGCCGACAUCAGCAACAACACAACCAACAUCACCGGCUACCCAAUCAACAUCAGCAACCAAACAGCCAACAUCUCCAACAACACAACCAACACAGCCGCCAUCAGCAACCACUGUGCCAACCACGCAAUCAACAUCACAUACCACACAGCCAACCGCACAAUCAACAUCACAUACCACACCGCCAACCUCAGCUACAACACAAUCAACAUUAGCAACCACACAACCAACAUCAGCAACCACAAAGCCAACCACAGAAUCAACCUCGUCAACCCCACAGACAACAUCAGCAACGACACAACCAACACCAGCAACCACACAACCAACACCAGCAACCACACAACCAACAUCAGCAACCACACAACCAACAUCAGCAACCACACAACCAACCACACAACCAACACCAGCAACCACACAACCAACAUCACCAACCACACAACCAACAUCAGCAACCACACAACCAAAAUCAGCAACCACACAACCAACACCAGCAACCACACAACCAACAUCAGCAAUCCCACAACCAACCACACAACCAACACCAGCAACCACACAACCAACAUCAGCAAUCCCACAACCAACCACACAACCAACACCAGCAACCACACAACCAACAUCAGCAACCACACAACCAACCACACAACCAUCAUCAACCACACAACCAACAUCAGCAACCACACAACCAUCAUCAACCACACAACCAACACCAUCAACCACACAACCAACCACACAACCAACAUCAUCAACCACACAACCAACCACACAACCAACAUCAUCAACCACACAACCAACCACACCACCAACAUCACCAACCACCCAAACCCCACAAGAAACCCCAUCAGAGGACACUAUGGAGGACCGGUACAGCCUGCUCAUGUCCCUAAACCAGGACCAGGUCGAGGACACAAACGACGAGGACAGUGUGGGGCGGGAUGACUCCCCCGACUCCCCCACCCCCAGCGACGUGGACCUGAGCACCAACACGACAGGGGCGGGUCACGUGGCCCAGGGGUUGAGUGACGUCAAGAAACAGGAAACUGAGGCGGAUAACAAGUCGGUGCUGUCGGAUGAGCCGCAGGUUGAGGUUUUGGAGGUCCGGAUCAAAGGUGGACGUUACAAGUGGGAAGGUCAUCUGCAGGUCCGGGCCAAUGAAGGUCCCUGGGGUGCCGUGUGCAGCGACCACUGGACACUGAGGGAGACCAUGGUAGCAUGUAACCAGUUGGCGGAGUUCGGACAAGCCAAGAUGGCGGUCUUGGCCAGCUACUAUGGCGGCACGGAGCUACCCAAACUCUACUACAGGAUCAAAUGUGUGGGCCGUGAGAAGAACUUGUCCCAGUGUAAUCUCACGAGAACAGACGAGAAACACACGUGCAGCCAGAGACAGAGGGUGGCGGGAGUCGUCUGCUCAAAUCAUCUACCCGACCUGGUGCCGAACCUCAAUGCUAUAGAAACAUCCAUCCGUCUCCAGGACCAGGCCCUCUACUACCUCACCUGCUCAAUGGAGGAAAACUGUCUGUCUAGUUCGGCUUAUUUAAUUCAGAGUACAAGCACAACCUGGAGAAACAGCGUGAGGCGUCUGAUGCGGUUUUCCACUGUGGUACACAACAGAGGGAAUGAAGAUUUUAGACCGUCUUUACCCAGGGGACAGUGGCAAUGGCAUUCUUGUCAUAGACACUACCACAGCAUGGAGGUGUUUGCCCACUACGACAUCAUGGACAGCAACGGCGUGAGGCUUGCUGAGGGGAGUAAAGCCAGUUUUUGUCUGGAAGAUUCGGCCUGCGACAGGGGGGUCUUCCCCAAGUUUAACUGCAAGGGAUUUGCUGACCAGGGUCUAUCUGUAAAUUGCUCGGAUAACUACAUGUUUGAUAUAGACUGCCAGUGGAUUGAUAUUACAGAUAUCAAACCUGGAUAUUACACAUUUUUAAUGGAAGUUAACCCUGAUAUGCUGGUUGCUGAGAGUAAUUUUGACAACAAUGUUGUCAGCUGUGAGAUGUACUACAACGGAUUUUUAGCUACUUUAAGGAAUUGUCGACACCAGAGCUUGCUGGACUAUAGGCGGCCUCUAAAACCUUCCGACUGAUAGGCGCUAGAAUGUUUAUAUUUAGUCUAAUUAUGUCUUUUUAAUAAUUAAAAAGCAGCUUUAUAGU